CGCAACUCGCGCCGGAAAUGUUUUAAUUCAAAAAAAAGGGCCUCGACUCCAAUCGCCACGAUCCCGCCCGAGUUCUCAAAUUGUUACGCAGAUAUUACAGGUGGACACCGCCGACGACCCCUUCCCCUCUGCUUUACAUAGGAUUGUCAAAACGAAAUUUAAAAAAAAACGAUGAUUACGAAAGAACGGGGCUGGCCUCUAUCCGCCGAUUCGCGGCCGAGGCUUUAUGUUUAAAUGUCUGCCUCCACGUCGCGCUAUUUAAAGACAAGGCGGCGCACUGAUGCGUCCAGCGUAACGCGGUAAACCGUUCGGGUAGAACAAUGGAGGGAAUGUAGCGCCUUGUUGAUGGUUCCGGGCCGGUCGCGAUGGAAACGCGGCCAUUUCGCUUCAGCCACCAUCACUAUGCGUACCUCGUAUCCCCGCUUCUCUUUUCUUUCGAUUCUCUCCUCCAUUGCGUUGGGCGCGCGGACAUUAUGUCUUUCCUCACGGGUUUGAAAGCGGGCUGAAAUAAAACGCACCGUCUCCACUGUCAUACAAUCCGUAACCUUGCACGGAGGUUUUGUUUUAAUAUAAUCAGAUCCGCCAUAACGUGGCUGUAGUAAAGACAACACCGCCCUUCACUCCUUCAAGUCUCCCUCCCUCUCUGCUCGACGCCAGUCAGCGAUGCUCGGUCCUGUUGUGGGGUGUAUCUCAGGGGUGUGGUGGGUGUCUCCACCCCGGUAAAGAGCCAACGAAGAGGGAGGCCGGUGAUCGGGCACCGAGUAAGAAGGUCUUCGGAGGAACUCCACACCCACCCCGAUAUUAUUAUUAUCAUCAUCAUGAUGUCGCGGCGACAAUAAUCAAGACAUUUUCUUCUCCGACCCGCCGGGGGUUGGGAUGGGACGCUGCGGCGACUGGGUGCGGGCCGGCCUCGGGGUGGCCCGAGUCAGGGCCCGGGUGCCGAGCGCCAGCGCCGCCUUCCUCGCCCUUGUUCUCUUGUUGUGGCUGACCGGGCCCGAGGAGGCUUUUACCCUGACAGCCAGCUCGGUGCUCUCUCACCGCCAAGUGUACCGUUUACUGAGCUACUGUUUUUCCCAUGGGAAUAUUUUUGCCUUGGUCAUCAAUGUUGCAUUGUUAGUUGUCUUGAGCAGCCACCUGGAGCAACAGUUGGGCACCAUUCGAUACUUCUACCUCUCCAUCCUUUUUGCUAUUUUUUCUGCACUGCUUUAUCUGCUUUUGGGCAAACUACUAAGUCUUGAUGAAACACCAGUGUGUGGUUUUACAACUGUUCAAUUUGCUGUGGUGACACUAAGUUGCUGUAGCUUGGGAAUGAAAAGAACAAUCACAGUAGCAGCAGUACCUUGGAUAUUUCUCCCUGUUGCCUACCUUAUUAUCCCAGGUUCAUCUGUCCUUCUCCAUAUCUGUGGAAUUAUUGUUGGGCUGACCUAUAACUAUAGAUUUUUGUUUUGCCUGGAGUCAUCAAACUCAUUGAUAGAUUCUGUUGAAAGGCUGGCUGUCUGUAAGUUCCUGCAACUUAACUCCUGGAUUCCAUUUAUCUUCUCUCCAGCAAAAUAUCAUCUUCCUGUUUGUAACAUGGAGAGAUUCCAUUCAGUGCCAGAAGUCUACAGAACUGGAGGGUCCUCAACAGUACGUUUAAAAGCUGCUUCUGAUGAUUGUACGAGAGAAGGCAACAGCUACAAUAUUGAAAUGGAUUCUCAGCAGACAGAAACCUUCAUGCAGACAUUGCCUGCUUCAGACCCUCACACCGGAUCUCCACAUACCAAUUACUUACAAGCAGAACUGUACAAUCCACACGAUUUUACACAUCUUAGACAGUUGGAUUCCAACUAUCAUCCCUCUGGAUUUUACCACCUGAAUCCACAUGAUGUCUAUGCUGCUGCUCCUCAUGGUCUUCUCACUGAUGAGGAUCUUCUUCAUGCUGGUAUUAUUGCCUCUUUACGAGAAUCUGGAAUGGACCAGAACCGUAAAGUGGAAAUACCUAAAUCUUCAGUCUCUUCUUUACGAUUACAGCAAUUAAAACAGAUGGGUUUUUCAACUGAAAAGGCUGCCUUAGCAUUGGCUGCUUCAGGAAAAAUAGAAGGUGCCAUUAAUCUUCUCGUGGAAGACCAAGUUGGAGACGAUGCUGUUGUGACAGUGGCAAAGGUGAAAACAACCUCCAAGUGACUAUAAUCGAUACUGCUAGUUAAUAUCCUCUGCAGAAACAAAUAACUUCACAGGUUCCUGAAAGAUGACUUAAAUAUGGCCAUACGAUGCAACUUUUGAAUGGGUCACAAAAUGAAAUAUGAGUAUUGUUUAGUCUUUUGUUACAUAUACGUAACAAUAAAAUAUUCCUUACAUUUUCAA